UUGGAUUGCUCGGGUGAAAUUGGAGCUGCGAAAGGGAAAAAUGGCUUCCGCGCCCAAAAAGAGGAAGAUCGACAGGUGCUAGUAAUGCCUUCUACUAGAGUGACCUUGUUGAAGUUGUCUACGUGCUGCAGUUACCAUGUUGAAAACAGGGAUUUCAAAACAAAGGCUUUAGCAGAUAAGGUGACAAUUCCUUCUCAAGGUUAUUUGAGGUCUGAUGUUGGCGUUGUUAGAUUAGAUCUGAAUGUUCAACUGGCCAAAAAAAAUGCUGUUAUUCAGGCACAGAGCGAAGGAUGCCUGGGAAAUUUUAGAAGCUUUGAUUCACCAUUUGGGAACCAUCUUGUGCCCGUAAUCCCUACUAAAGCUGACCUACUCAGUUAACACGAUGUCUAAUUAAAGAUAGCAGGAACUGGCGCAGGUCUUUGUUGGAAUUAUCUUUGUCACACUUGCUUACAUAAGCCUAAGGGCACUUACCUUUGUGAUUUAGCUAUUUUAUUAUAUAACAGAUUUUCCAUCAGAUGGCCAUUUAUACCUUUCAUCUAUUUAGUAAUUGGAAUGUGCUUUGUGGGUGUGGAGUGACUCACUUGAGAUAGAAUUGUUCUUCCAUAAUCAGAAUGAAUUAAGCUGAUUCCUGAUGUUCAUUGUAAUUUUCUCCAUAUUAUAAGCAGCUCUGAUUUUAGUAGUAAUAUUUCACUAAGCUCUUAUGUUCCUUGAUGGUUCCUGACUCCCCUAUCCGGGAAGAUUUGUGA